GCAGUAACUAGGGCUUCAAAUCAGCGAAACCGUCAGGCCCAUCCGUCUCCAACAGGUCAAGAAAAUGAAAACGCGAAUUCUGGCGAACUAGUCAAGAUAGCCAUCGAUGACUUGACAAAACUUUUUACUAAUUUUGGAGAACAAGUACAAUCCACAUUCAAUCCACAACAAAUAGAAAAUUUUUUUAAUAAACACGGUCAAAUAUUUAGUGAUGAAACAAAAAACAAGUAUAAUAAAGUAGUCAGUGACAUUAGAACCAUUGGAGCACAGGCUAGCUUAUCGGGUGUUAGCUCUGAUUUUAAAGAACUAGUAACUACAACCGUUGCCGAUCUAUCUUCUGCUGCUCAAAAGUAUGCAAAAGAGAUCCCUAAUCCCUCUGAAGUCUUUGAGCGUAUCAACAAUUUUGUAAAAGAAAUCAAUGAGCCUAAA